AUGGCUUCCGAAGUCGACCCGUUGAUUGAGCGCCGCUCCGACAGCAGCCUGACGCGUGUGUCGUCCCGCAGCUCGUCGCACUCGGAGCGCCACACGGACUACAAUGCCAUUGUGCGCGACAUUAUCAUUGGCUUCGCCGACGGCCUGACCGUGCCCUUUGCGCUGACGGCCGGCCUGUCCAGCCUCGGCGACACGCGCCUCGUUGUCAUGGGCGGCCUGGCGGAGCUGUUCUCGGGCGCCAUCAGCAUGGGCCUCGGCGCGUACCUGGCGGCGGCGACGGAGAAGGAGCACUACCACAGCGAGGAGGCCCGCGAGUGGGACGAGAUCCGGAAGACGCCGGCCGUCGAGCGCCAGGAGAUCUACGACAUCCUGGCCGCGUACCACAUCAGCCACGAGGCGGCCACGCCGCUCGUCAACGAGCUGUGCACGAACCCGGAGAUGUGGGUGCGCUUCAUGAUGCACUUUGAGCUGCGCCUGGAGUGCCCCGAGGUCAGCCGCGCGUGGCUGUCCGCGCUGACGAUGGGCAUGAGCUACUUUGUCGGCGGCCUGAUCCCCAUGAUCCCGUAUUUUUUGAUGGCCCGCACGGGCGACGCGCUGAUGGUCUCCAUUGUCGUCACGGCGGCCAUCCUGCUGACCUUUGGCUACGUCAAGACGAUCAUCACGGUGCACUGCCGCCGUGCCGGCGUCUGGGGCGCGCUGCAGACGCUGUUUAUCGGUGCGCUGGCCGCGGGUGCGUCGUACGGUAUUGUGCGGGCACUCGACUCUGGAAAUCGCCAGCCAUGA